AUGUCGCACGUGGUGGUCAUCGGCACGGAUUUGCGGAGAGCUACCGUCAAGGUCAGCCCAGGCACCUACAUGACAGAUGUUCUCCAAGAGGCAUGCAAGAAGCUCAACGUCUCGAGCGACAAAUACCUCUUGAAGCACAAACAGAAGACAGUCGACCUCUCCGUGGUCUGGCGAGUGAGCGGCCUCACCCCCGGCGCCAAACUCGAGCUCGUCCAGAAAUCCAAAACACCGUCGGCCGUCUCCGUCGCACUCCAGCUGCCGAUGCCCGAAGCCAACUCGGCACCUAACGGUCGUUUAAUCGAGAAGCUACCCAGCGACUUUACGAUAUGGAAGGUACUGCGUCAGUUUGAGAGCGGCGUCGCUGGGAAUGGAAAGAAUUUCAACAUUACAGCGCGGGGAAUCGCGCAAACAACAAGCGGAGGCGUGAGCGGAAGCGGGCAGAUGUACUAUGAGACGCCAGUCCUGAACAUCAUGGGCCGGGAGCUUUGCACAUUUGAGGACUUUCAGAAGACACUGUCACAGCUGGGAUACAAUUCCGGCAGCGUUUUGAUUCGCUUGUCGUUCAAGAAAACGGAUCGCACGCUGUUCCAAGCUAUGGAGGAAAUAAGUCGGUUCUUUUCCGAGGUUGAGGCAGAGGAGAAGAAAGCGGCCCCAACUCCAGCUCCGGCGCGCGCUACCGAGGGAACAGAGUCAACGGCAGUGGAAAGUGCAGCCGAGACGCCAAAGGGCACAACUACUAAGCAGACAGGUGACAUCCCAGCACCAGACGAAGCAAGCCAGGAGGCGCCGGUAGCGGGUGCUAUGGAUGUUGAUCAAGCAGAGCCGACAGACCCUUUGCAACCUGUCAGCAUCUUCCGGGCUCCAAGCGGAACGACUCCAGCGGCAGCCCUUGCAGAUGUGCCAGAGGAUGACUAUGCCCCGACAAUUGCCCACGCUCAGCUUCAUCAGGCUCGACUCCAGCAGAGCGCAGUAAACAAGAGACUCCCUUCAGACAAGGAGCUGGAGGCGCAAAGACAGGCGGAGGAAGCCCGUCUUGCAGCUGUUACUACAGUUCCGAUGAAGGUGCGGUUUCCGGACAACACAUCAGCGCAGUGGACAUUCGGCCAUGAAGCUACUGGUGCAACCCUCUACCAGGGCGUGAGAUCUGUCAUGGCCUACAAUACCCAGCCCUUCAAGCUGGCCAUAUCUGGCAGCAAGGUGAUCAUCAAGGAUGACGAAAGCGCAAAGAACCGUUUGAUCCAUGACUACAAGCUCACACGUAGUGUGUUACUGAAUUUGGUCUGGGACGACAGCGUGCCAGUAGAUAUCCGCAAGAAGCCCUUCCUGAAGGGCAGCGUCGCUCAAAAGGCCCAGGAUGUCACAAUCCCUGACAUUCCCAAAGGCGAUGACACAAAUGAGGGGCAGGCUGAUGCUUCGUCGUCGAAACCUGAGAAGAGGGAGGGCAGUGGGGAUGGUAGCGUUGCGAAGAAACUUCCCAAGUGGCUGAAGUUGCCUGGAAAGAAAUAG